AACCAGUUGACCAUGCGCUCGCUGGGGAGCGACGCCAAGCCCCGCGUGACUAUCACAAGGGAGGGGCGCCAGCUGAAGAUCUACGGGCGGGACGAGAGGCUUUUCGGCACCCUGGAGCCCGUCAGCGGCCCCAACGACUUCGCGCUGCUCGUGGACGGGCAGGUGAAGAUGAAGGUGCUGGCCGAGCCCGGCCCGGAGCUGCACUUUCGGGCCUUCGCCACGAGCGGCAGGGCGGUGGCGGCGGCGGGGAGCUCCGGGGCCGAGUGGACGCUCCAGGUGAAGGCCAACGUGGACGCGAUCCUCAUUGCCGCGUGCAUGCUGAGCAUGAUCUUCUUUGCUCCCACGGUCGCCGCGGCAGCGCCGAAAGGGGCCGCGAAGUCGCCCGCGUACGUCUCGUCGCGGUCCCCUCCUCCCGCCGCCAUGCGGGCGCCUCCGGGCGGGUCGACGUCCCCGAGGCCUGCGGAGCGGCCGUGA